CCUUUCUUCCUUCUCUAUCUUCUGUGCUUUGCGCAAUGGUUCCUCCAAAUCCUCCCCUCUUACUUUACCACAUGUCUCUCUCCCUCCUCCUCCUCCUCUUCCUUCUCGUCUCGAAACAAGCUUCGUCUGCAUCGAACGCCAUUUCUCUGAACCAAUCUCUCUCUGGAAAACAGAAGCUAGUCUCCGAAGGUAGCAAUUUUGUGCUUGGCUUCUUCCAACCAGGUAACUCAUCGUACUACUACAUAGGAAUCUGGUACAAUAAGAUAUCACAGCUAACCCCAGUGUGGGUUGCCAACAGAGACGCUCCAAUAACUGAGCCAACUACUGCUGAGCUCAAAAUCUGUAGUGAUGGUAAUUUAGUUCUUUUAGACCAGUCAAAUUCCCGUGUAUGGUCGACUGAUGCAAACAUAACCUCCAACAACACUGUUGCUGUCCUCUUAGACGCUGGAAACUUUGUUCUCAAAGAUGCAUCAAACCCCAAUAAAACUCUAUGGCAAAGCUUCGAUCACCAGACUGAUACAUGGCUUCCUGGUGGCAAGCUUGGAGUGAACAAAUUCACUGGACAAAUCCAACACUUGACUUCAUGGAAGAGCUUAGAUGACCCUUCACCUGGAAUUUAUUCUCUUGGUAUAGACCCUAACGGAUCAAGCCAAUACUUCACUGUGUGGAACAAUUCUGUUAACUACUGGAGCAGUGGAAUUUGGAAUGGAGAAAUCUUUACUGCUGUUCCAGAGAUGAUGUCUCACUAUUUAUACAGCUUUCAAUAUGUUUCCAGCGAUACAGAGCGAUAUUUCACUUAUACUGUCCAGAGUAGCGAUAUUAUCACUAGGUUCGUGAUGGGUAUCUCUGGACAAAUCCAGCAGUUGACAUGGGUAGAGAAUAGCCAAGAAUGGAUCCUUCUUUGGUCUCAGCCUAAACAACAAUGUCAAGCCUUUGCUCUAUGUGGGCCUUAUGGUAGCUGCAAUGAAAACGCAUAUCCCUUUUGUACGUGCAUCAAAGGGUUCAGGGAGCAGUCUCCUGCUGAUUGGGCAUUAGGUGAUCGAACAAGAGGCUGUGUAAGGAAAACAAAGUUGCAGUGUGGAAAGAAUAAUUCAUCUCGGCAGAAGAAAGAUCGGUUUUUUACAAUGUCUAACAUGAGAUUUCCUGAUAACAUGCAAACUUUCCAAGUUGGGUGUGCUUCAAAGUGUGAACUAGCUUGCUUAAACAACUGUUCUUGCAAUGCUUAUUCAUUCAGUGGUCGUGCUUGCUCACUUUGGUACGGAGAUUUGCUUAAUCUCCAGGAGAUGUAUACAGGACCAAGUGGAGGUACACUUUUCCUGCGUCUCUCUGCUUCAGAAUUCCGAAGUCCCAGAAAAGAGAAGCGAGUUGUUAUCAUAGAAAUAGCUUGCAGCAUAAUAGGCACUUCAGCUUUACUGGCUAUUAUUUAUUUGCUGAUUUGGACAAGGAAAAGAAAAGGGAUGAUGGGCAUACCAGAAAGUGCGGAGGGUGGAUUGAUAGCAUUUAGAUAUAAUGAUUUGCGGCGUAUGAGCAAUAAUUUCUCAGAGAAAUUGGGGGAAGGUGGAUUCGGUUCAGUAUUCAAGGGUGUUAUGCAAGACUCCAAAGUCAUAGCUAUCAAGAAGCUUGAAAGAUAUUCACAGGGAGAAAAGCAAUUUCGUAGUGAGGUAAGCACAAUUGGGAUAGUUCAACAUAGCAACCUUGUUAGGCUUCAUGGGUUUUGCUCAGAAGGAAACAACAGACUACUAGUCUAUGAGUACAUGCCCAAUGGAUCAUUAAACACUCAAUUGUUCCAUAACAACCCUAACAAUGUUUUAAACUGGAAAAGAAGGUACCAAAUUGCCCUUGGGAUUGCUCGAGGUCUGACUUAUCUCCAUGAUCACUGUCGAGAUUGCAUCAUUCAUUGUGACGUUAAGCCAGAAAAUGUACUCUUAGAUGCAUCUUUUGCUCCAAAACUAGCAGAUUUUGGCUUGGCUAAGCUGCUAGGCCGAGAUGCUAGCAGGGUUCUAACUACAAUGAGAGGAACUAUAGGAUAUCUGGCGCCUGAGUGGAUUUCAGGUUCUGCCAUCACAGCAAAGGCUGAUGUCUAUAGCUACGGGAUGAUGCUCUUUGAGAUAAUCUCAGGGAGGAGGAACUUUGAGCAGACUGAUGACCAAAAACCUCGGUUUUUUCCUACUUUAGCGGCCAGAAAACUUGUUGAUGGGGAUGUAACCGGAAUUUUGGAUCAGAGAUUGGAGGGUGAUGCAAAGUUGGAAGAGGUGAUUAGAGCCUGUAAAGUUGCUGUCUGGUGUAUUCAAGAUGAUGAAAACUGUAGGCCUACAAUGGGACAAGUGGUUCAGAUACUAGAAGAGGUACUUGAAGUUAAUAUGCCUCCUAUUCCACAAGCUCUUCAGAUGUUUGAUGAGAAUCUAGGAACCGUGGUUUUCUCAGAAUUGUCUUUAAAUCGAAGCUCUGAGGUUAAAGAAACUUCUAGUACUUCUGCAACUGGAAGUCUUCUAUGAAUUCUAAUGUCAAAUAUGGUAGAAUGUAUGAAUCUUUUUCCUAUUGUUAAGUUUCUAAGUAUGUUGAAUAUGUUGUGUUAAAUUAAGUAUUGGGUAUUGGGUUAAUAGGCUAUUACCCGUUAACCUUAACCCUAUUUGUAUGGCGAUAUAUAUCUCUCUUAUUAUCUCAAUAAACAACAAG